AUGUCUGGAGGGUUCUUACACGGAUUUGAGGCGCUAUACAAGGCACUCGAAUUUAAUGAUGAGGCGAGUCCCGAGCAAUUGGAUAGUGGAAUAGAAAUGGCGGCAGCAGCUUAUGUGCUACAAUUACGGCGCUAUAGCACCCGCAUUUCUGAUGAGUCCAUACCGAGGACUUUCAUGCUAAGCCUGAAAACACUGAAGGAUAUUCGGUUCCCAAACUUGUAUAACUUAAUCAAGGAACUUUCAUUCCUGCUCAAGGGUUCACCAGAACUCGUGCUCGACCUCAAUUACUUCCUUCCAUCCGGAUUCGAUGUCUACUGCGAUAUCGGUAGUCCGAAUGUAGAAUUUGUGGUAAUUCGGGAUUCGAAAUUCAGCGCACGCAUCGAGGGAGUCUCCAGCGAAUUACCUGAAUCGGUCCCAUGCGAUUUUGUGGCUCUUCGUGCUACAUUGAAUGACAGCACAAAAACCAAGAAGCUUGUAUCCGAAUCGAAAGGUUCUUUGGCGAGUGCAGUAUUGCAGCUGCUUCAAUUUGAAAUCGACAACCAAAGCGAUCGUACAUCAUUGUCGAGCCAAAUAACUUUCAAAACUCUCCAAGAUCUUUCAUACAAGUCCGGAAAACUACCUCCAUCGCUAUACAUACGUAGUGUUGUUCGAAUGGGAGAGUUUCCCAUAGGGGGAGGUGGGUUUUCCGACAUCUGGAAAGGACAAAGCCUUUCGGGAGACAUUGUUUGCCUAAAAAUUCUGCGAAUGAACAUAACACCUGAUAUCGAGAAAUUCCUCAAGCGAUGCUAUAAAGAAGUCCUCGUAUGGCGCAUGCUACGAAACCCACGAGUGCUUGAGUUCUACGGCGUUUAUAUCGUAAAAUCGCAGAACGAUGUACGUUUCGGUCUCGUUUCGCCUUGGUUGGAGAACGGCAGUGUUAUGGAGUAUAUCAAGGCGCACCCUGAUUUCGACCGAAUGAAAGCGAUUAGGGAGGUAGUUGACGGCCUAUACUACCUUCAUCAUUCCGAGAGUGUCGUGCACGGCGAUAUUAAAGGUGACAACAUUUUUGUCAGACCUGACUUGACGUGCUGUUUGGGUGAUUUCGGGUUGGCAACAUCUGCAUGGUCGCCGGCAUUGCCAAUGAAAUCCUCGAGUAGCGCGGGAUUAGGAUCGACGCGUUGGAUGGCUCCAGAACUUCUCAAUCCAAAACCUUUUGAGAAUGACCAAGGCUCUCCACUCGCCAGUGAUAUAUAUGCUCUGGGAUGCACAGCUUUGGAGAUCUUAACCGGAAAAGUCCCCUGGUCAGAAAUCCAAUUGGAUACUCAAGUUCUCAUCGAGGUCAUCCAAGGCCACAAACCCAGCCUUCCUGCAGAUAUUUCCUAUGACGUGGGAUGGGUCUUGGAACAAACAUGGGAGUUUUGGCCCAAGAAGCGACGAGGCAUCCAGUGGUUGAAACCAAGCCUCGAACCGUCAUUUAGGGCACCGGCACGGCCCACAGCUCUGCAACGGAAUAAAUCAAACCCUUUCCAAUGGAAACUCGGUACGACAUCCGUCACCGCCAAGAAUUCCGCAAGGACACUGUGGAGAAGUGCAUCGAAAAGAUAGGUAAUACCGUCUACAUAAAGUUAGUGCUGGCGUGACGAACAUGUGGGUGAUUCACCAAAUCUAGAUGUCAUUGCAAUGAGAAUGUUUCUUUAAAUCACAUAGCAAUCAAAGAACCUGUGUCGCGGGACAGGCCAAGUCGACAUUCACCUUGUCAAUGGGACACCUAUGAUAGCUUGAUGAUUGGAUAGCUUUCUUCGUGAUGCCGUCUUCUAGCGAAGCGGCUAUCUGUAGAGUCGACCACGUGUUAUUCGCCACCCGACAGUUCGACGAUGCUAACGGAAGGUGGGUAAGCCAGCUGCAAAUUGUUUUCCCUCCUUGGCGCAUCAUAGCAGACGCAACAGCUGCUUUCUGUUUUUAACGGAGCAAAUUUACCCUGGC